AUGAUGAAUCUGAAGGAAGGCAUGCAUGUGAUUUACGAUUUAUUGCUAUUUAUCGGCAUGGCAAUAGUUUAUUUCACCAAGACUGUAGUGCUAACGCUAAUUCCACGCCGAUAUCGAGCAAAAUCGAUCAAGGGUGAAAUUGCUCUCGUUACGGGCGGUGCUAGCGGAAUCGGCAAGUUAAUUGCAAUCAGAUUUGCCAAACUCGGUGCACACGUAGUCGUUUGGGACAUCAAUAAAAACGGUCUUGCGGAAGUUGCAGAGGAGAUUAGAAAAAUUGGUGGAAAAUGUUGGACGUAUUAUUGCGAUAUAGCUGACAAAGAAGAAGUGUAUCAUACAGCAAAAGUGGUACAGAUUGAAGUCGGAAAUGUGAGUCUGUUAAUAAAUAAUGCUGGAUAUGUAUACGGGAAGACUUUUAUGAAAUUGCCCGACAACGAAAUUGAAAAAACUUUCAAAGUGAAUAUUCUGUCACAUUAUUGGAUUACAAAGUCAUUCUUGAAAGAUAUGAUGAAAAAUAAUCAUGGUCACAUUGUGACGAUAGCGAGCGUCGCUGGGCUUUUAGGGAUUUACAAUUGUACAGAUUAUUCUGCAACAAAAUUCGCCGCCAUUGGAUGCCACGAGAGUCUCUUCACCGAACUCAAAGUACAUGGAUACGAAGGAAUUCAUAUGACUUUAGUUUGUCCCUAUCUUAUUAAUACGGGAAUGUUUAAUGGAGUGAAACCUAGAUUGAUGCCGAUGCUUGAACCAACAUAUGUUGCCGAAGAAGUGGUCACAGGUGUAUUAGCGAACGAGACGUUGAUAGUACUACCUAAUAUUCUAAGAUAUUUACUGCCAUUUAAAAGCUUAUUACCGAUGAAAGUGAGCUGGGCAUUAAUGUAUCACAUUUUGAAAGGACCACAGAUCAUGAUGACAUUCAAAGGUCGUGACUCGAACCAUAAAGAUAAUAAUGAUAAUAAUAGUACAACGAAUUAUAAAGAUAGAUGCGUGCGUUAAAGUUAUACGAGGCACAAUACAUAUAUUUUAUCAAUAAUACAAAAAUUUAUAUAUGAUUAUUGAAAUAUUUUGUCGCUUUCUUUUAUGUACAUGCAUCUUUAUAUACAUAUAGAUAUCACAAAAUUUUUGUUAUAUAAAAUGGAAAGUUAUGUAACUA